AUGGCUUCUAACGGCGCCAACGGGGCAUCUCCGUCACCUCAGGUCCAGCCCUGCAGGUACAAAGUUGGCAAGACGCUGGGCGCCGGUUCCUACUCCGUCGUCAAGGAGUGCGUUCACAUUGACACUGGUCGCUACUAUGCCGCAAAAGUCAUCAACAAGCGAUUGAUGGCUGGCCGCGAGCAUAUGGUCCGCAAUGAAAUCGCAGUCCUGAAAAAGGUCUCCAUGGGCCACCAGAACAUCCUGACACUUGUUGACUACUUCGAGACGAUGAAUAACCUCUACCUCGUGACCGACCUGGCUCUCGGCGGCGAGCUCUUCGACCGCAUCUGCCGCAAAGGCUCAUACUACGAAUCCGACGCCGCAGAUCUUAUCCGGGCGACGCUCUCCGCCGUUGCUUAUCUGCACGACCACGGCAUCGUCCAUCGCGAUCUAAAGCCCGAGAACCUCCUUUUCCGCACACCAGAAGACAACGCAGACCUCCUGAUUGCCGAUUUCGGACUGAGCCGCAUUAUGGAUGAGGAGCAGUUCCACGUGCUGACCACGACGUGCGGUACCCCUGGCUACAUGGCCCCCGAGAUCUUCAAGAAGAUUGGUCACGGCAAGCCUGUAGAUGUAUGGGCGCUCGGCGUCAUCACCUAUUUCCUUCUGUGCGGUUAUACGCCGUUCGACCGCGACAGCGAUUUCGAGGAGAUGCAAGCCAUCUUGAACGCCGACUACAGCUUCACCCCCUUCGACUACUGGCGGGGUGUCUCCGACCACGCCAAGGAUUUCAUCCGUCGCUGCCUCACCAUUGAUCCGAAUAAACGCAUGACGGCGCACGAAGCCCUGCAACACCCCUUCGUUGCCGGCUACCUUAACAAUGGCGAGGGCGAAGGCCAGAACUUGCUGCCCACCGUCAAGAAGAACUUCAAUGCUCGUAGGACGCUGCAUGCUGCAAUUGACACAGUUCGUGCCAUCAACAAGCUUCGCGAGGGUCAGAGCAACCUGAUGGACGGUGCCAAGUCAAGAGAGCCUGGACGUGGCGCCGCGGCCCUCAAGACCCAGCAAAACGCAAGGAAGGACGAUAGCGCCAUCAGCCUCGGCAACGGGGGCCACAAGGACUCAGGCUACGGAACCCAACCCGAAGCUGACAGCCAAAAUGAUGUGGUCAUGUCCGAUGCAGGUCCGGCACCCAGCAGUGUCCCAGCAAGUUUGCGGCCAGGCAGUGAACAGAACAAGGUCGUGGAGACGAGCAAGGGACUGUGGAGUGGUCCAGCAUUGCGGCGAUAG